AGUUCCUCCAUUCACUUUAUGAUAAGUCUUUGCAAGAAUAGAUGCAGCCGGGAGAACAACGCUGCUUCUUGAUUGAUCGACAUCAAACUGUAAGUUUUAUGGUGAUAUAAUUUUAUACUCCAUAAACAGCAGAUAUCAGAUUACACCUCGUUUAGUUAGUUUUUCAUAGUCUUAAAAUUCACAAAAGGUUGUUGAAGGUUUGGGCUUUAAAAUGUGCAAAGGCUUUUCAUACUCACAGCUAACAUGCAUAUUGCAGAUUUAAAAAAAAUUACUUUAAGCAACUAAGAAAUAAUUUCAUUUAACUCUUUUUUUCUUAUCUGCAAAUCAUCCUAAAACAUAUUUACCAGUCUUCAUUUUUAAGCAGUAUUUUAUUUGAAAAGGCUGUUGUUGUUUGGUGAUACAUCCAGGAACAAAAAGCCUCAGUGCCAAAGUGUAAUCCUAAGAUCACAGGUGAGGUUGAAUUACAUUAGUUUGGUACUUAAAGUCAAAUUCAAGGUUGAAGAAGUUGAUGCUGAACUGGUCAAAGAUCAACUUGCAACAGCUGACUUUAGUAUCAUGAGAGAACAAGAUGUGAAAAUGAAACUAGCAGGACAAAGCAGAGUUCCCCGGUGAGUUCACGCUUGGACAGAAAUCUGUUUUUUAGGGUUUACUAUAAUUAGAUGUGUGUUUCUGGGUUGAAUAACUCAUAGAUUAUUAUGAAAGCUGGUGGAAGCAACAGUUUCCAUGUAAGUGGGUUGUUUUGAACCUUAAAUAGGCAUCCUCAUAUUCAAUCUUACAGAGAUAGACAAUAAAAUGAGAAUCACUGUGAAUUUGUUUCAUGCUUACAUUUUAAUGCUCUCUUAACUCUCGUCUACACUCCUUGUUUGUCAACUGCUUAAUCUAGAUAAACUGUUUUUUUACAUUAUGAGCUCUCUAAUGCAGUUUAAAACAACAGCUCUACCUUAAAUGAAGCAUCUACAUUUAAUUUCUUUGGAUUCAUUGUUGAGGUUGUUGUGGGUGUCGCUGCUCUGAGGUGUGUUGUAGUUAAAAGCGUCCCUGGUAUUUCACUUCCCUCAUGUUUGCAGAUAAAGAGCACAAAACAUAAGGACCACCUUUUAAUAUAACACUCUCCAUUACAUCCUCUGUACACAUUAGCUGGUCAAGUCUCCAGUUUUUCAUAAGGAGAGGUAGACUGCGUGAUUUGUGAGGAAAAAAAUGUAGAUUUUUGACGGACACACAACACUUUUUUCCCUGCAGCUGCAACUCCAGGUAUCUUGAACUGAAGUUAAAGCUGUUAAUAGUAUUUUUCUUUGAUUAUACCAGAAGAUUGUGCUUCAAAAGUUAUAAUUCAUCACCUUUUAUACAUCAAAAGGACAAAUAUCCCAUUGAAUCCUUGUUUCUUGGAAAAAGCAGACAUGACACAUCAUAAAAUAGUCAUUUUAUGAUGUUAAAUUUGGUUUUGAAAUAAUAUGAAUCAUUAGUUUAGACCACAAAAGCUUUAAAAUUGCUACCCCCUCACAUUUUUACUUUGUCAUCACUAACACUAACUUCGGUGGAAAACUCAUUUUCUCAGCUUAUUUUCCGCAUCCUCACCCACUUUCUGUUUCCAUGUUUUUACACAUUUAAGAUAACAAACUCGGUGAGUCAAGUUAAACUUCUCUCUAAAAGUGAGUGUUUGGCACUUCUGCAGAUUCUAGUGAAAAAUGAGUCAGUUGCUGAGGACUCAUAUGAGAACAAACGGAGAGGUCAGUAAUCAGCAGAGGGCUUUGAGCUGGUAGUUCCUGUAUUGUCAGCAUCUGUGUUAACUGAUUUUUUCUAAUGCAUUUAGUAGGUAUGUAAAAAACUGAAAGUCUAAAGAUAUAGUUAUUUAAGUUGGGUAAAUAUAUCUGCAGUUUCAUAUAUUGUUCGGUAAGCACAAAGGACCACUUUUGAAGGAUCUCUUUCAGGUUUAAAAUAAACCUCAGUAAUAGUGACCUCUGGUGGCAGUAGCUGUUUUUACAGGCUGCACCCAGUAUGUAGAGUAUAUCUUGGUCACUAAGAACACACACACACACACACACACACAAGAAAUUUCCUAUCUCAGUUUAGUUUGUUAAUAUAAUCUAAAAGCCUCUUGUGCAUCGUCAGUACAUACUGAGUACAAAGUUCAUUGUCUAUGCCAGUGUUCUGUAUUUCUUGUGAUUUAUUUCUUAAAACACAAGCAAAUCCUAGAACAAAGAAAGAUAGAUAGAUACAUAGAUAGAUAGAUAGAUGGAUAGAUAGAUAGAUAGAUAGAUAGAUAGAUAGAUAGAUAGAUAGAUAGAUAGAUGACUUUAUUAAUCCUCAAAGGGAAACUAAAUAUGUAAUAGCUGUCCGGCAAAAUACAAUAAAAUAAAUAAAAUACUGAAAAGACAAGAGAAUGAAAAGCUAGAUAUAAACAAUUUAUACACACGCCUUAAAUAGAAUACCUUUAUAUAAUGAAUCUAAAAUAGAAUACUUUAGUACUUUCAAUACAUGUGCAUAAAGCGUGCAAUAUAGUAAAAGUGAAUGCAGAAGUUGGCAGGUAGAAUACGAAAUCAUAUUGUAGAAGUGUUAUGUUAGUCGGACAGAAGUUAUGGCUCCUGCAGCCUCUCUUUUACAUUAGUAAAAAAACACAGGCUUUGCCAGGUGCAUGCUGGUCCUACCUUUUUGUGAGAUGUUUCUUCACAGUGUUACCCACCAGUGAAGAAAAAGUACAAGUAAUGCCAAAAUUAAGUUUGCUGAACAAAUUAUCAACAAAAAAAAAUCACCAAAACUCUGUUAUAAAUCAGAAAGUCACUUGUAAUGAGGAGAUGACUAUCACUAUUUAUUAUUUGUAAUCGAAAUAUGCAAAAAUACUAAAGACAAAUACAACAAAUCCUGCAGGUAUAAUUGAUUUACCUCACAAACUCUGAGUUAUACUAUAAAAGCAGCGUGCAAGGUUGUGCUCUCCUGCAGCAGAGCCCUGUCACCUCUGAUCGCUCUAUUUCAGACGUGACUUUUUUUAGUUGUUUUUGAGGUAGGAGCAGCCAUCCGAAUCACACCACAGGAUUUUAAUUUUACGAGGGUAAGAAAAAGCAGACAAGACGCACAAAAGUGAUACUCAACAGUUACUGCAUUGUUAAACACUUCGCUGGUUAGGUGCAGAUGCACAGCUUUGUGUCGCAUUUGUCAGAGCAAUAUCAGACUUUGACUAAUAUAAGUCGAUGAUGUGAGAUGAAAUGCGUCUGUCACACCUACUUUGUGGUUUUGGUACCACCAAAGCCCACCGCCUAAAAAAAACACAAACUGUCAUUGUGCAGCUCAACAGUCACAGGAUGCAUGCAUGAACCUAAACCUCCUGAAGUUUAAGUCCCUGUUGGGAAACAUGAACAUCCAGUUGGAUUUCUUUGUUUUUAAACCAUUUGGGGAUAAUUUAUUGAGCAGAGAGGGGCUCCACAGAUUUAUUAUUGUGACUCAUUUAGCUUCUACCAGGAUGAACCCUGCUGGAAACUUCUAAAAGCCCCUGACAUAUGGUGGUGAAGACAUGUAGGUGUCUGAUAAGGGUCUGAAGAAAGGUAUCAGAAACAUCUCUGCUGUCUCUGUUCUGAAUCAUCUCAGUACUGAAACGUGUUUUGUCUGUGUUCAAAGGUAAUGUGAUGAUGAUGUGAGCGAGGAGGUGGUGCAGGAUUAUAAAAAAGACUUUUGUGUCCAACAGCAUGAACAAAAACACUCGUUAUUUAACUGUUCAGAAUAUUUCUUUAUUCUCUCAAUACCUUUUUUUAAAAUUGAGUCAGCUCUUGUCCUCCAACAACAAAAAAACAGGUUUCAGUUUCCUGUUGACUGUUUCUUUUUGGCUUCACUAUUGCAUAUUCAUGACAUGGUGAAUGUGGGGGAAGACACCACAGUAGACGCUCAAAUAGACUCAAAACCACAUCCUGAGUCACGCCACUGAUGAUGACGCCUUGAACUGCAAGGAACCUAAAUUUUCCCCGAACCCUUUUCACACAGACGGCGGCUCAUCAGAGGCACAGUAAGAGAGCUGACUGAAUAGGUGGCAGACAUUUACACUGACAGAAAGGUAAGAUUGUUUUUAAUCUUUGAACAAGAUCAGGAAAUAUUAGAAAGGAAAAUAUUUCUACUAUAACUUUUCUUGUUUUUACAAAUUAAAAGCGGCGUUUUAUGCUUUUCCAUGACGAUGAUAAUGAUGCUUGUGCUCAUGAUGAGAUUCUACCAUGAAACAUUUUGAUCUUUUAGUCGGUUUAAAAAGGAAUUCACCUUUCUACAAAUGUUGCACUCAGUUGCAUUAUAGAAAAACUGAAUUAAUCACACAGUCUUGUAAUCAAUAAAUGCUUUCCACCUCUCAAAGUGAAGUUAUUAGGAGUGCUGUAAUUAAUAUUUCCUCCUGUCUCACCAGAGGCUGAUAACAGAGGGUCGUCCCCAUGGCUUCUAAAUCUGUUGUCCUCUUGUCGCUGUGGGGCCUCUCUUUGUUCGUCUGUGGCGGUGAGUUUAUCUUGUGAAGUUUGUUUCCUUUAGCUGUUGAUAAGAACCUCAAACUUUUAUCCUUUUCUGUCAUCUUAAUAUCGGUCAAAGGCAUUUCUUAAUUAACAGACAAUGAUUCAGAGGGUCAGAUUGAGAAGAUGAACAUAAAUAAUCACAGUUUUCUUCUUUUGGACAGUAACGUCGUUCUGUAAUGUCACCUGCUCCACGGACUACAUCGAGAUGGUGAACUGUUCCUGUUCAGCCUCUUUGCCAGCAGCCGUCCUCGUCACAGUCACCUGCAGGUAAAUUUUAGGUUAUCCCUGACUGUAAUUUAGCGCAUUUACAUUUUAUUACUCAGUUUGACUCUAAUAAUGAGGGAAAGCAGUAUUUUGAAUAGUCUUUUCUUGUGGAGCUGCUUUGGCACACUUAAUCUGACCUAAUGGAAACACUGUACUGUUGUGAAAACUUUGGGCCCCAAUUGUUCCCUUUACUGCAGCUGCCUUAAAGUUUCCACAGCGAGGUUUUCAUUUUAACACCCAUCAGUGAUGUCAUACCGUGAACUUUUAUCUCGAGGUGUUUUUUCUCAUGAAGUCAUGAUAGUACAUCGCAGAUUUUGUAUCACCCAAAAACCUCCAGUUUCUCAAAUUUGACAACGUAACGCCCUCCUGUGUCUAAAAGUGUAAAAGACUGAAUCAGUCUGUAUGUAACAGCAGUAACGAGCUAAUCAAAUGCACCACUUUGGAUUGUAGAAAUAGAAAAAUCUGAGUCAGAGAUUAGUGGAUUGAUAAAAAUCAUCGAUUUAUCAAAAAAAACAAGGGGGUUGGGGGGAUUUAUGUUUGAGCUGAUUGAUUUAUUGCAAAUGAUUUCCGGAAGAAAGCCUCAGCGGAUGUCGUUAUGAGAGGAUGUUGUGUUAUUGUGUGGGGUGUUGUGACGUUUUCAGUAUUACAGGUACAUGAGUGUACGUCACUGAGUUAUGUCUUUGUCUGCCUGAAGUGUUUCUACGAUAAACAAACUUGAAAAAUGUGAAUUAGAGCUUUCAAACCAGAAGCGCACCAGCUUUUGUCUGUAUCAGUCCCAGUAAAAACCACAAGCUCUCGUUCUGAGAGCUCGGCUGAUGUCACAAAGAUGAUCAUUAUCGAUGAUAACUUUGUCUCUGUAGAAAUUAUGAGCUUGUGGCCAACGGCAGCUGUCAGAUCCAACCACCUAAAUCCUGGUGCGCCGUGUAUACUGAAAGCAUUGAUGAAGUCGCUUCAGUCGGGACCAUGUGCAACACGACCGUCGCUCAGCUCGAUGGUCAAACAGCGCUGAACGACACUGAGUCGUCUCAAUGGGAGCUGAGUAAGAUGGGUGAGUUUAAACUGAGAACAGCUACGCACAGCCGGCUUUUCAGGUUUCGUCACGUCCGCUGAUGAGAUAAAACCAUUCACAGAAAUGUAUAUCUGAUCAAAGGUGAUGUAGUAAUCCUCCAAUCAGACACGUUUCUUUUAAACAUUUGAAGUGCUGAUUCUAAGCGAACUCCAAAGUUGCUAAUUAUAAGGCCACUUUCAGACGGAAACGGUCUCCAUAGAAAACGGAAAAGUGCCGUUUCGUUUUCAGUUUUUAUGCUGUGUUUACACAAAAACGCAAUGUGGUUGAAAACGCUGUAAUGUGCAAGGCAGGUCGCUAGGUGGCGCGUGUGACCGCGCUCCCGUAUUGACCAACAAAUACGUAGAACGACUUCUGUUCUACAUUAAUUAUUUGAUGCAAAUAAUUCAGGCGCCUCCUCUGCUGAGCAGUAUGAUCCGUGAGGAUUCUGUACAGGUCGAAAUUGAGCUCCUGCCCAUUCAAUAAUAACGACAACGUGACUUUAAUGUCUAGCAUGGUUGUUGUUGUUAUUUUAAAGGAAGCUGCGCAUGGCUAUGAUGUCAUAAGCGUGAGCUGACAUGAGCCAUGACGUCACAGGUUUGACCGUUUUCAACGUUUUUGUACUUUAGACGAAAGCGGGACUAGCAGAGCGUUUACAACAUUUCCACUCUGGAGGGGGUUUUCACUUCGUUAUGUUUUCAUCUCCUGAAAACGCAGUUUUCGUCUAAACGGACCCCCCUAAACGAAACUAAAUUUUUCCGUUUUCUAUAAAGACCUUUUCCGUCUAAAAGUGGCCUUAAUCACGACAACUUUAAAGAUCCUGUGAGAAUCUUUUCGUUUAUGUCGACUUUGGCGCCCCCUGUGGACAAAGCAGCACCUUUGAUCUCUUUGCUGAUCUCGCCCUGUGAUGUUUUUAACAAACAAUGCUUCAUUUUUACAGUCAAACUCACAUUCAUGAGGAAUUUUGCUGUGGAAAAUGCACUGAAAAAAACAGUUUCAGUGGCUGGUACUUAACGCAAACAUAGAAAAAUAUUCUGCAGAAUUAGACCGCCUUCAUGCUGAUGCUAUCGUUUACUUUUGUUGAUCAUAAAAAGGCCCCAAUUUCAAUUUCAGCCUGUUCUUUAAUUUGCAAAAAAAGACGUUUUUUAGUGUGUUUAAAAGCUGAUAAUGAAACAACCUUUACGGGAACUUUCCCUGCUUACCAACAUCAUGAAUUGCGGCAAACACCAACGCACCUGCCUCCUCCUAAAUUACAAGAAAAGUCCAGAUCUUUGUCAUCUGGCUCUUCUGGUGUAUAAAUGGCACAUAUUUUUGACACAUGUAGGAUAUGUUUACCUUUUACUCUCGUUUGUGCAAUCCAGUAAGAAACAAAAUAAAUACAUGGAUUGCUUUGCAUUUUUGCAGUGCAUGUAUCACCUCAGAUAAUCUGUUUGUUUUCAGCUGUGUUGUUGUUUCCUCUCUCUCUCUCUCUCUCUCUCUCUCUCUCUCUUUCUCUCUCUGUUGCAUCAUGAUCAGACAGGUUGAUGUUAUUGUUGUUUUCUGGGUUAAAAGCAGAACAGUCAAAAGGGAAACUAAAUCUCUGUUGUUUAUGUUAUCAGGGGGUUUGCCGGCUGUGCCUUUAAAAUAAAACUGAGGCUCAUUAUAUUUUCCUUAUCCUUCCCUCUUACAGUCAAAGCUUCACCACCUUUCGACGUCAGGGUGACAAAAACUGACAGAUCCUACAACAUCACUUGGGAGCACGAAAACAAAGACGACUAUCUCACGUAUGAAGUACGCAUAAGAGAGAAGGGAGACGUGUCCAAGGUGAGACGGGAACAAACCCUGACACAGAAAAUCAGACUUUAAGUGUUUCUGCUGAAAACUCCAAAUACAAAUCCUCUUCCUCUUCUUCUUCUGACAGAACCCACCUCUUUCAUUCAUAGAGAACAAAAAGCUCCUCCUGUUAGAACACCAGGAGCUGAGGCCUUAUGUCCACUAUAUCGUGGAUGUGAGGGCGAAAUUCAAUACUGAUAAUUUCUUUUGUGGUCCGUGGAGCGAGUGGAGCUCCUCUGCUGAGUGGACUGAAGGUAGAAGAAAACUGGACAUUGAAGGUAUCUACUUUUUUUUCCUCAUCUAUAUCAGGCGUCUCAGGGUGGAGCAUGACUUAACGUUAUCAUUACAUAUAUGACGUGUUUUAUCUCCUUUACAGGCACAGAUCAGAACUGGUGGUGUGCUCUCCUGUUCAUCGUCCCGGUUGUGUGUGUGAUCGUGAUAUUUUCACAGAAAUCGUAAGUACCUGCAGAGCUGAACAACUCAAAAUGUUUCAUGAUUUUACUGCUCUUCAAAAAAAACAUUAGGAUUCAUCACUUCAGUAGGUUAACCACGUAAUCUCAAAAAGUCCCAUUUGUCCAUUAUUAGUAUCUGCUCUUCAAUAGUCAGAAAGUACCAUUGGCUUCUAGAGAAACAGAGGCAGAUGUUUUCAUGUGGAGUGAGACAAAAAAAACAGAUUAAAUUUCCCUUUGGAUUUAUAAAAAUCUGCAUCCAUUGCUCAGAAGACUAAGUUAACAAAGUGAAAGUCAGUUCAGUCUUCAGGUCAGCAGCAUUAAGUCUUCCUGUAAACGAUCAGCGAAAGGUUCUCACUGCUUCAACAUACACUUUCCUGGCAUCACCUCCCACAUGUAGAGAAACCACGGCUGCGAUGUACGUGCAGCAGCUCAUUGCACUCAAGUGGCUGGCUGAGAUAGGAAGUCAUGCUGAGCAUCAGUAUCUGACACUCACUCAUUCUCACUCAUUAGGAGCACUCAGUUACAGGAAGAAAAUACAGGCUUGAUAAGCAGAGGAACUUCACUCUGUUCGUCUCUCUCUGUCCGGUUUGAGGGAUGACUCAACUCUGGUUUUGGUUCAGUCCUGCACAGCCAACAAAAGCUCUGUGCUGUGAACCUUGUUGGCAGCUUCUGCAGUCUUCACAUGCUCUGCAGAGGCGCCAUAUAUCCACAGUUUCCGUUUUACAAAGCAAACUCAGCUGAAGCUAAUCCUUCCUUUGUGAAAGUUAUGAAGCUAAUUUUCUGUGAAUUUCUUGUGGAAGUGUAGAGCUGUGAAUUGUUGCAUUUAUGUGCAGAUAUUUGUAAAUAUCUUUAUUUAAAUGCAAGUAGAGAAAGGGUGUAGAAGUCUUGGGUGAAUUUGUAAGUGUUUGAUGCAUGGUAAGGCCAGUGCUACAAACUUUCACACAGGCUUUAUUUUAAGUUGCCAAGGCUAAUACAGAGGGAAAAUCAGAGCACACUCAGAUCAAGAUCACUGCACAUCACACCAAGAUCAUUUACUCUUGUUAAAUAUUCCAGUGUAAAAUUAAUUUAGGGUCAAACACACCGUAACACUGAGUUAGACACAGAGAUAAAUGUUUGCUUCUCGAGUUCAGUAACGACCGCAGGAUAGCAACAAACAGUGGUCUGAGGAGCCAUAAACAAACCUCAACCAAAACGCCACUCUAUAGCCACAAAUAAUGUUCAGAACAGCACCUAACUUCAUCAACAGUACAUAUAGGGUGCCAGCCAUAGUACUAGCCACCAAACAUCUUUUUAACUUUGACUCAUUUCUUUAGCAAAGAGACUAAACUCAACUCACCUACUCUCUUCCAGCAGCCACUUGUUUGUAGCGAGACCUCAGGCCAGUCCAUUACGGACUACUGCGGGGUGUCUCAGCUCAAGGAAGAACAUUUAUGAUCAUUACUUCAUGGAAAUACAAUCAGACCGAGACGCUAAGGCAGAAGAACGACUGUGUCUGCAGUGCAAAAUGAUUAAUAUGAUGAUUAUUACUUAAAGGAAAUGAUAAAGAAAUGAUCAUAAAUGUUCUUCCUUGAGCUGCGUCACCCCGCUGCAGUCCGUAAUGGACUGGCCUGAAGUCUUACUAUAAAUAAGCGGCUGCUGGAAGAGAGUAGGAGAGUUGAGUUUAGUCUCUUUUCUAAAGAAACAGGCAAAGUUAAAAAGAUGUUUGGUGGCUAGUACUAUGGCUGGGACCCUGUAUGUCCUGUUGAUGAAGUUAGGUGCUGUUCUGAGCAUUAUUUGUGGCUGUAGAGUGGCGUUUUGUUUAUGGCUCCUCAGACCGCUGUGUAUUGCCAUCCUUGGUAGAACUGUUUGACAUUGGUAGUUCCCUAGUUGGUAUAACUAGAGAAGCAAGCGGUCGGCAAAAGUCAUCUUUCGAGGGGGUGUCUAACUCGGUGUUACGGUGUGUUUGACCCUAAAUUAGUUUUACACCGGAAUAUCCCUUUAGGUAAGAAAACCACCUUAAAGUAGAGCUUUGAAAACAUACUGGAGAUCCAGUAAUUCAUGUUUUGGCAUUAAAAAGACAGGAAAUAGAAGUUUAAACCUUCAACCUUCAAAAGCUUCUCUUAAAUAGAAAGAGUCUUAAAUUAUUUUUUCAUCACUUUUUUUUCUCCUGUUCAACAUAAUAAGCAAAAUAAACAUACUAAAGCUGUUUAAAAUCAGGAGUUUUCUUGAGGGGUUUCUGCAGAGUCAUACCUUAUUUGACUCAUAUUCAUUCAUCAUGACAGUCAUUUCCAGUCUUUUCUGCACACCUGUUUUAACAAAAUGGGAUUGAAAAUGUGGUAUUCUUUGUUCUCAUUCAUUUUCUGAAUUAAUUUCAUAUUUGUUUCAGAUAUCUGUGCAACAAGCUCCAACUGAUUACAUACAUCCCCAAACCAGAUGAGUUCUUCGAACCGCUCUACCACACCUAUAAAGGGAAUUUUAAGGUGAGAGAGAAAAGUGAACCUCAGCCUCAGUUCAGGUUUUGUGUGUAGUUUCUGAACAAUCCCAGCAGGUGCUGCCCAAGAGGGGGAUUUUAACACACCUGCACCAUGUCGGUGGGACUUUCCCGUGACUUCACAUGUAAUAGUUCAUGAGGGGAAUGACUCAGUGUGCAGGGGCUUCAAGAGGCUUUUCGUUUUUCAUCUGUCUGACAUGAUGUGGGUGUAUACUUUUGUGUAAAAGCCUGAACUGUCGCUCCCCAGUGGAAAAUACCCCCUCAGAUCAUUUAUGUGUCAGGCUUUAGAUAAGGGCACGAAAGGGGGGCUGAUGUGGUUCACAUUGUUUUAACCAUGAUGACUACCAUGUCCUCGACACCUCCUUGUUUUUCUCUGGUGGAGGUUUUUUUUUCCCCCCUCCUUUGAGACUGUGAGAAACAGAUUCAUUCUGUUCACUUUGACUAAUUUCAUGACCAGGUUUCUGUUGGAUAAUGUGGGUGAAAGACCCUCAAAGUGGUCUCACAUAUGCAGAGUAGAAGUGCUGCACAUGAACUGAGCCUCUUCGUGUGGGGUAAAGGUCAUCCAUUGAACUCAGAGUUUGCAGCUCAAAGUGAAACUUUCUAUACUCUUCGGCUUCAGAUCAGCGUGUAAUUACCAAUAUUGGUCAGCAGAGGGCGCCACUGCAGCAUGUACAAGAGGACACUGCUGAGAUAGUCGGGUUACCAGCAGUACCUGAGAAAUCAGGGAGCAGAAGCUGUGCAGGGUUUUGGUAUCAAUCACAUGCAGGGGUUCUUUAUGUCUUUGUUUUACAUAGCAAAAAAUCUCACUAACAGUCGCAGCAGUACUUGGAGUGAAAAGAUUAUCCACAUUUUGUUCUAUAAUUAGAUUUAAUAUGAAACAUUUUGGGCCUCAAGGACAAGAAAAGUCCAAUUUAUUAGUGUAAAAAUGUAAAAUCAUUCACAAUUCAGUCAAAAAAGGGAAGUGAGUCUCUGCUCUCAGGAUUUUCUUUCUUUCUUAAACCAUUAUUUUAAUACAAAGGCUAAACAUUCACAAGAAAGCCACAAUAAUCUAUGAUCAGGGUUUAAACAUCUACCUGCACACCCCAUCACCCUAAAUCAGUCAGACUAGAUGAUUGACAGCAGGCUUGAAUUCAGCCCAAUGUAAAAAAACUCCCAUUGAGUGGUAUAUCUCACAACAACAGGAUGAGGCUUUGGCUGAAAAAACUUCUCUCAUAUGUACAGGACAGAAGAUAUGAAGCCACUUUGGCCACAGGGGGCGCCAUAUCGAUACAAAUCAAAAGUUUCUUGCAGCCGCUUUAAAUAUAGCUCAUGUUAAUGUCAUUGUUUAGCCAAUUUUUGAUAAUUGCAUUCUUAAAUGAAUCAAACUGGAUCUAGAAUAAGUUAUCCCCUGAUACCAGAUGUGAUGCUGAGUGCGAAUCUCUUCCAAUACCAUCCUUACAGCUAUUGCACUAUUUAAUAACUCUCAUCCGUCAGACAGGGACUCACAUCUGUCUGCUGUAUAGUCCAUUUUAAAAACUCCUACCACAUCACACUACUGAGCACCUUAGACGGUUUGUUUAUUUAUUAUCCCAUCUGUAAUAUUUCGCUUUCCUAUUUAUUACCUAUUUCAAUAGCCCAGGUUCUUCAUAUCUCACUUUUACCUCUUAGGAUGUUUAGUAUAUUUAGUCUGUAUUUAUUGCAUAUACUUAGUACUUUUAGUAAUUUUAGUCUGCACUGUACUUACCUGUUCUUAUACUUAAUGUUAUUUGUAUUUUCCCUUUGCUGCUGUAACAAGAGAAUUUCCCAGUUUGGGAUCAAUAAAGUACAUCUAUCUAUCUAUAUAUCUACAUCUCCAAAACGCACCCUCUUGUUUGACGAACCCCUGGCCUACUUUGAUUCUGCUAUCUCACUCUUGUGGUGCAGGUUGCUCGUGCUUUUUCUGCCGCUCAAACAUUAGUCAGUGAUGUUGAUGAGCGCUGCACUGCAGGAUGUGGUGUCCUUUGCAAAACCUGACUGAUUCAACCUUAUCUGGCCAUCUCUUUGCUGAAUGGUAGCAAAAUGCUGCUGCAGUUCAGUGUUUACUGUAGAUAUGCAGCCAGGUCUAAAGGGUCAAUGCUUCAAUAGGCAGUAUUAUUGCACAAGAAAUCUUAGACUAUAGGCUUUGAAAACCGCAGCAGAUAAUAGCAACAGUCAGCAGUUAGUCUAACUUUCAUAUCCUCCACUGUCUCUUCUGUUUCUGCUCCUCACAGGGAUAAUUAGGUUAACCUUGAACAUGUAGAAAACAGUUCUCUUAUUAAAAAUUGGUUCAUUAAAAAAACAGUUAAAAAGCUCAACUCUGAAGUCAGUAUUUUGUGAGAACUGAGCCAAAGAGGUCAGUACUUAAGGGAGCGAUGAGUGAGUGAUGUGGGAUCGGUAUGUUCUCCUCCCUGACCGGACGGCAAUGUUGGUGAUAAGAUUUUCACAUUAGUAAAAUCAAAGAAGUCCUUACUAUCACUCUGUUUGUGGGAAAUGUCCCAUACCCGGUCUCUUUAAUCAGAAUAUUUGGAGUGGAAUGUUCUUGUCUCUUUCCUCUCUGAAACACUUCUGAAAGACAUGGAUGGAGCCUUUCAGUGCGGUAGAGUGGCAGGAUCUCAUUCUGGAGACGUAGUCGGCCCUCCUCAAUGUCCCUCAGCACCAGUUUAUAGUGGACUGGUUUUGGCAAAGAAGUUCCCAUGCAUAUCAAAGACCUCUAAAAAUGAUCCCAGUGGCUCCUUACCCAAACUUUAAAAAAGAAACAAAGUAGAAGGAAACAUUUAUCCGAUUUAAGGCGGGAGAAAUAAACCUCCUAAUACAAAACAAUACAAGAACUUUAUUUAUGCCCAAAGGGAAAUUUGUUUGUCUGGAAUCUCAUGUCAUCUAGAAGAAUUGAAAAGUCUGAUGGCUGUGGGUAGAAAAGAUCUUCUGAAUCUCUCCAUCCAUGUUAUGAUCCGACCUGCUCCGUGAUGGUUAAGCAGCAGCUCUGUCAGCUUCUCUGACGUCGGCUUACAGCAGAUCCAGGGUUUUAUUAUCAAACUGCGUAAAUUCAGUCACAUGAGAGGAGAAGGCGACAUGGUAGAAGUCUCCUGAUAUUAUUUCAAGCGCCUCAGAAUGUUGAGUCUGUAUCCUAGCAACGGUACAAUGGAGAACAUCACACAGAACUUCGGCCGUUGCCUUGAGUGUGACUCCAUAAUGUCCUGUAGGGAGCGAUUUGGAUGACCUUGUUGCUGAAAUUGAACAAAUUUAUCUUGCUUGGCCUACAUAACAGUUCUUAUCCAGUUUGUUUAUUCAUACUUAAACCAAAGUUUAAAAAAUAUCUUCAGCUGGAACUAAGGCUAGAAGUUCCCCUCUGAUCCCAGUAUUAAUGCUGGCUCCUGCUUUAUAUGGCUUCCAUGUUUUACCAAUUGGCUAGUAUAAACAUUUACUCAAAGAAACGACAUUAAUGAUCUCCAUUUGCUUUGUUUUAGGAGUGGGUGAAAUCUCCAUUCAUCGAGUCCGACUACCAGAAGGUCAGCCCUCAUGUUCAGGAGAAAAGCGAGAAGCAGCCCGACGUCCUCCAGUGGAAGAAUGAGAACCGAAGCUCCAGCGAGGACAAUGAGAUGAAACAAGCGGGUCACAAGCCGCAGCCUCAGUGCAACUCUCUGCUGUACUUCCAGGAGGGUGGCAGCGCUCAGAGCGCAGGUCACUCCAGCGGGCACAUCUCCAUCCAUACUGUAACCCUGUCUGGAGAGGAAGAGUUUGAGGAGGAAGUUCAAAGGUCAAGAAGCCCUGUGAACACCCUCAGAAGUUACAGAGACGGAGAGAGCUUUGGGUUACUUGAAGAACAUCCUCACAGUGAUCUAGAGGAACGUCGCAUAUCCAGGUUGGAUAGACUAAGUGGGAUGUUACCGCAGCAUGAGAACCAAAUAUCCAAUGACUUAUCGCUGGAUCAUGUCAGCUUUGAGCCGCAUGCCCACAUUGAUGAACCAGAGAGGGUAUCACUCGACUCAUUCGUCUCACAAGAGCAGUCAGAAGACGGCUACCCUCACGUGGACUUGGACACCAUUGAUAGUGGUUUUGGAGAGUGCAGCAGCCCUGGAGCUGCGGACUCCAACAUGGCGGUGCAGAUGGAUUUAUUUCAGGACCACAAAAGCUCUAAUUCGAACUAUGUCAAACAGUGGAUGAUCUGUAGCACUAUUCAUGAAGACUCAGGAAACACAGAGAACGAGAUACUUGAAACACAGUGACGGAUGUUAAAGAUAAACUGCAGAAAUCACAACAGAAAGAGCUUUUGGACAAAUAAUGAAAAGAUGGUGAGAGAGAAGACCAUUUGAAGUGUUGCUCAGCUCAUUUUCCUGUAAAUAAUGUAAAAAUUAAAACAAUGAUUUGAGUCGUGGA